GUUUCCGCUUUAAUCUGGCUAGCUGUCUGUGCAUUGACGCAGCUCCGGGAGAAGAUGUUUCGUAUAUAUUUUAACAUAAACGCGUAUUUUUUGUUUUUGUCGCCGCGUGGGGCGUGACGCGGCGGCGAAGACUUGAAGGCUCGCGUCGUUCGCUCCGCGGAGUCCGGACUGUCGGCGACGCGACGCACGCAGCGGCGUCCCGCGUAGAAGAGCUGCCGAGCGGACAUGUCGUGCAUCUGCAGGGAUCUUUGGCCCCGGUGCUGCCCGGGUCGAGCCGAGGAGGCCUGAGCAGUCUCCACCUCCCGGAUCAGAUGGUGGCAGAGGGCAUGUGUGCAUGACAGAGAUUACACGGUGGUGGUCCAGCCUGCGCAGCAGAUAAGCAGAAGCUAAGGAAAGGAAGGUUUCACUGGAAAUAAUGGCCGACCCCGAGGAAGCGGAGUUGUCCGAGUCCCUCCGGAAGGAGGACGGGUUCUCCAGCGAGCCCGAGGAGACGGGUACGGAAUUCAAGUCCAAAAGCCUGCCUGUUCUAAACGAAGAAGCUCCUCAGGAGGAAACUCUGCUGGCCAGCUCCGCGCCCGAAGACAGCGCAGAGUUCAUCCAGCUGGCGGCCACGGCCGAGUCCUCCCGGGCCGAGUCCUCCCGGGCCGAGUCCUCCCGGGCCGAGUCCUCCCGGGCCGAGUCCUCCCGGGCCGAGUCCCCCGCCAGGGCGACCCACCAGCCCAAGCCGGGGAAGUCGGCGCUGAACCGGCCCAGCUCGUACAUGGAGAACACGGAGACCCGGCGGAGUAAAAAGAUGGCGAGGAGGAAGCCGCCGGGGAUUCUGGCCUCCCGGCUGGCUCGGAUACGCCUCCCCAGCAGGAAGUACCUGAGCUCCAUCAUGCAGGACUCUCGCUGCUUCCUGUUCUGCAUGUGCUACCUGACCUUCAUCCAAUCGCUCAUGGUGUCCGGCUACCUCAGCAGCGUCAUCACCACCAUCGAGAAGAGGUACAGCCUGAGGAGCUCAGAGUCGGGCCUCCUCGUCAGCUGCUUCGACAUCGGCAGCCUCCUGGUGGUCGUCUUCAUCAGCUACUUCGGCGGGCGGGGCCAGAGGCCGCGCUGGCUGGCGGUUGGCGGCAUCUUCAUCGCCGUGGGCGCCGCCCUCUUCUCCCUGCCUCACUUCAUCUCACCGCCCUACCAGAUCCAGGAGGUCAACUCGUCCUCCGGCAACGAGGGCCUCUGCAUGAACAGCAACGGCAGCGGGCGGGACCGCGUGGACAUCACGUCCUGCCCCAGGGACCAGGAGGGCAACGAGCACAACCUGUACGUGGCGCUGUUCGUGAUCGCUCAGAUCCUGGUGGGCAUGGGGUCCACGCCCAUCUACACGCUGGGGCCCACCUACCUGGACGACAACGUCAAGAAGGAGAACGCGUCGCUGUACCUGGCCAUCAUGUAUGUGAUGGGAGCACUGGGCCCAGCAGCUGGCUACCUGCUGGGAGGAGUCCUCAUCGGCUUUUACGUGGACCCCAAGACCGCCGUCACCAUCGAUCAGAGCGACCCCCGCUUCAUCGGAAACUGGUGGAGCGGCUUCCUGCUGUGCGCCGUGGCCAUGCUGCUGGUCAUCUUCCCCAUGUUCACCUUCCCCAAGAAGCUGCCGCCCCGACACAAGAAGAAGAAGAGGAGGAAAAAGGUGAACCUGGACGACCUGUCCGCCGACGACGACGUCCUGAAGGAGAAGAGCAACGGGAAGAGCCAGGCGGUCACGUCCUCCAUGGGAUUCGGGAAGGACAUCAAAGACAUGCCCAAAGCCGCGCUGAGGAUCCUCAGCAACGUGACCUUCCUGUUCGUCAGCCUGUCCUACACGGCGGAGAGCGCCAUCGUCACGGCGUUCAUCACCUUCAUCCCCAAGUUCAUCGAGUCCCAGUUCGGCAUCCCGGCCUCCAGCGCCAGCAUCUACACCGGAUUGAUCAUCGUGCCCAGCGCCGGCGUGGGCAUCGUCCUGGGGGGCUACAUCAUCAAGAAGCUGAAGCUCGGAGCGCGCGAGUCGGCCAAGCUGGCCAUGAUCUGCAGCGGCGUCUCUCUCCUCUGCUUCUCCACGCUGUUCAUCGUGGGCUGUGAGAGCAUCAACCUGGGAGGCAUCAACAUCCCCUACACCACCGGGCCGACGCUCACCAUGACCCAGAGGAACCUGACGGGCGGCUGCAACGUCAACUGCGGCUGUAAAACGCACGAGUACGCGCCGGUCUGCGGCUCCGACGGCAUCACGUACUUCAACCCCUGCCUCGCCGGCUGCAGCAGCGUGGCCAGCAACGCCACCGGGAUCCGCAACUACUCUGACUGCGCCUGCGUGCAGAGCCGGCAGGUCAUCACGCCGUCGUCCGGCGGCCAGGGCGGCAACCAGCUGCAGCUGGUCAUCGUGAAGACGUACCUGAACGAGAACGGCUUCGCCGUGUCGGGGAAGUGUGACCGCACCUGCAGCACGCUCAUCCCCUUCCUCAUCUUCCUCUUCAUCGUCACGCUCAUCACCGCCUGCGCCCAGCCCUCCGCCAUCAUCGUCACGCUCAGGUCGGUGGCGGAGCCGGAGAGGCCCUUUGCUCUCGGGAUGCAGUUCGUCCUCCUCAGAACGCUCGCCUACAUCCCGACGCCCAUCUACUUCGGCGCCGUCAUCGACACCACCUGCAUGCUGUGGCAGCAGGACUGCGGCGUGCACGGCUCCUGCUGGGAGUACGACGUCACGUCGCUGCGCUUCGUCUACUUCGGCCUCGCCGCCAGCCUCAAGUUCUUCGGCUUCCUCUUCAUCUUCCUCACCUGGUACUCCAUCAAGUACAAGGAGGAGCGGGUGGAGCGCUGGCUCAAGCGCCACCUGUCGCCCGUCGACACCGUCGGAAGCCUGGUCUGCCACCCGGGGGGCCACAAGGGGCACGCGCGCACCCGCUCCUGCCCCGUCAACAUCCCCCGGACCGACCCCGGCGCUCCGCCCGCCAGCGCGCCGCCGCACGCCGGCCCUCUCAACCGCGGCGUCAGCACCCAGAGUUGCCCCGGCAACGAGCUCAAAGCAAUAGCCCCUCCCGCCGCGACCGCCGCGCCUCCUACGCCCCAGACGGCGCCCGCCGCCGCCCGCUCUCUGGAACACGUUUCAGUCAAAGUCUGAGUUUGAGGAAGGGGGGGGGUGGAGGGACAGGAAGAGGCGGGUCAAACCCACUGACCUUUAUUCUGAAAAGGUCAGAAUCGAUCAUCACGUCCACACACAUCGAUGAGAAAUAUGCUGCACUGUGUAAUAAUAUAUUAUAAUAUACUGUUACAAUAUACUAUAUUAUACUGUGUUAUAAUAUAGUAUAUUGUAUUACAUUAUACUGUACUGUAAUAUUCUAUAUAACACUGUAUGGGCCGUCCCCCUCCUCCACUUUAGGGAAACCUGUUAAAAGCAGCCGUGUGCGUUUUCUUUGUGAUCCGAAAUCAGCUCAUCGCACACACAGACACACACACACACACACACGCACGCACACAGACACACACACACACACAGGCACAUGCCCUCUCCCUAGUCCCUGACCUCAGUGACCUGUGCCUUCUGUCUUCUUGUACAGAAUACGUAGAAACACAAUAGACAGACUGUGACCCCCCCCCCACCCCCCUCACCCCGUAGGACUAGAAGUCACCUGAACAGAUACCUCAGCUUUGCCCCAAUCAUUGUGCUGUUGACUUGCAAACCCCAGCGCUUACGUAACAAAAGAAGAGCCCCCCCCCCCCCCCUGUGAAAGUGUGAAGAACCGAUGGAAUGGUGCUACGUGAAAGACGGACAUUUAGUGUCCACUCCUUUUUGUUUUGUCCCUCACGCUUCAUUUAAACAUUUAAACUUGAAAAGAAGCCGACAGGUCACCUGGUGAGCAGCACCCCCCCACACCACCAGCCCCCCCCCCCCCCCCCCCCCCGGACGACGAGCAACCGACGGCCGGCCGGCCGGCCUGCCUUUUGGGUUCCCGAUGCAUUGUGGGUAACGGCUGGCCCCCGUUGAUGUAAAUGUUUGUCGUCUCCAUCGAUGAAGCAACUCGUCAGCUGGAGUUUGUGAGGGAACCAGGAGACGGAGUCUGGUCCCUGGAGCUUCACGUCAUCUUCAUCAUCUUCAUCAUCUUCAUCUUACGGACCUUCAGGGUUUCUGUUUCUCGGAGCUCUUUUGGUUCGUUGCUGGUUGAUCGAUAACGACUGAAAAAAAACAAUCGCAGCGCAAAACCCAUUUAGUAAAUGUGCUGUUUUCUUGUCUUUUAAAAUAAGACUUCUCGUAACAUCUUUCCGUUUAUUUUGAGUAAAUUCGAUCCUCUGAAAAGCUCUCAGCUCGUUAUUCUUAGAACAAAUGAACCCUGUUUGUAUUUGUCAGUAGGAGCAGUUUCACCGUAUUAAGUGUUGUUUUGUGACUGAUUGAUCUUCUAUGGAAGCAAAGACGCCUCAAUAAUCUCAAUUUAAUUCAUUUAAUCUAGAAAUUCCUGUUACAUUUUAAAGAGUUCAAUGCAUUUCUGACCUUAGGAACCUAAGCAACAACUUCAGUAUUAUUUAGUAUUAUUAUUAUUAUUAUGUCUUAAAGAGCAGUCUUGUUGCUCAUGAUUGUUUAACAGUGUUUAAUAAAGAGUCUGGGACUCAGCUGGAGGUGUCACAUCUACAUGGAUUCUUUUAUAUUUAUAUUUACUCCACUUCUAGAAGCUCUGAGGACACCUGCUGGUUGGAGGUGGAGACGAGAAGUCACAACAACAACAACCAGUAAACAAAGUGUCCCUUUGUGUCUCAGACAAUCAGUAUUUUACAUUUGAGCCUUUUUAGUUGCUGUUUUACGUUGAGGUUGUUUUACUUUUAAUCAAUAAAUCUGAUGGUUUUCUGAUACAAAGGUUAAUCGUUGUCUGUAUGAUAGUUUAAAAGAUAAAGGCCUGUUAAAGCUUCAGUUUUAGUACUUUAAAUUUCCAUUUGAUUAAAAAAAAUACAAAUAUUUAGUUUUGGCGGCUGAUUAUCAGCAUCUCACUAAAGAAUCCUCAGACUUUUAUUAAUCUGGUGUAAAGAAAUAAAGCAGCAGGUUCAAUUAGUUUUAAUCAACCAAAUGGAGCCUUAAAGCAGACGUGUAGGAGUGAACUUUGAUGUGGUUUUAAUGAAGAGGAACGAGUAGAACAUCAUUUGAACAUUUCCCGUUUGUAGAAUUAUUCUGUAAAACCACCAAGAAUCCGUCAGUUGUUCUGAUUCCACAAGGACCUUUGACCUCUGCUGUCCUCCUCGCGUAGUAACCAUGACAACGGACUAGAUGCUCUGGAUCUCUAUGGGCUGCUUCAGGCAGAUGAAAGUUACUAAAGUCUCAUUUCACUUUUCAAAUCGUGUUGUUUAUUUGAAGCAAAGUGUGUUUUUUUCCUGACUGACAUGCGAGUUGUUUCUGCUACAAAUAAAACACUACACAAGCUCA